AGAGCACAAAAUGUCAGGUGAAGAUUAUUGAGGAGGAGCUGCUAAAGGUAACUCAGACAGCACACGAGUUCCAGGUGAAACUGAGGGGUUACAAUGAAGAGGUCAAGAAAACUGCUGAAUUGGAGCAGAAGAACAAAACACUGGCAGCGAACAUAACCACUUACGAAAAAGACAUCAGGAACCUAAAAUCUGAGCUGAACUCCAUUUCCAGUGAGAGAAACACCAUGAAACAGAAGGUCCAGGAGCAGAAGAUGGAAAUCAAUGAGGUGAAUCUGACCUUGAGAAAAACCAUGGGAGAGCUGCAGAAAGAGAAUGGUGAGGUGCAGAAAUAUGCCAACAAAAUGAAAGAGCUUGAAAAUGAACUUUUGAAGUGCAAGCAGUCCAUGAAAGGAUUAACUGGAAACUCAGAGAAGAUUACGGUGAACCUGAAACAGGACAUCAUCUCUCUGCAAAGGGAAAAACAAAUGGCUGACCAGAAACUGUUGACACUGAAGGGAGAGUUUGAAGGUCUGAGUGCCACCUUGAGAAGAACCAAAGAUGAGCUUAUGAAUGUAACCCAGGAAGCAAAUAGCAGUCGUUCUAAAAUGAGAAACCUUGAAGAGGAACUCCAGAAAAACAAAGUAGUCAUAAAAGACAUGGGCUCCACAGUAGACAAAGACACAUCAAACUUCAAACAGGAAAUGAUGGUUCUUCAGAAAGAGAAGACCACAGCACAUGAGAAAAUACAGCAAAUGACAUCAGAAAUGACCGUUCUUCAAAAAGAGAGAAACAUGGUACAUGAAAAGAAUCAGAACUUGAGUUUGGAGAUCUCUCAAGUGAAGAUGCAGUUAGAGCAAGCCCAAGAGGACAUCAAGAAGAGGCAAACACAAACAUCCAGUGCCCACGGUCUGAGUUUGGAGAUCUCUCAAGUAAAAAUGCAGUUAGAGCAAGCCCAAGAGGAUAUUAUGAAGAAGAAAAAAGAAAUAUCCGAUGCACAAGUGAGAUCCAAAAUGCUGGAAGACCAACUUGAAAGUUGCAAACGGAUGCUGGAUGAAUUAAAGGACAAACUAGAAAAGCAGAAAUCUGGCUAUGAAAAACAACUGCACUUAGUCCAGACAGAGAUGCAGCAGAAACUCAUUGUGAGAGAAUCUCGCAUGAAGAUGGAGUUUGAAAAAAAAUCCACAGAGCACUCCCAGAGCACAGAAUCAGCCGAUAGGGACCACAAGCAUCUCCUGCAGGAGAUUGAGAAGCUCAGAGUGUUGCACCACAACUCCCAGAUUUCAAAGCAGGAGACUCAACAACAGCUGGAUUCUCUUCGUGUUGAACUUCAGCAAGCAGAGAAAGAAAAAGGAGCCAUGGAACUUGAGGUGCUCAAAGCAAAAUCCCAAAUAUCUAAUCUGGAGAAUGAAAAAAUCAAGUUGACAUCCAGCUUAACUCAACUGGAUAAUCUUCGCAAAGAAAAUUCUAAAGAGGUUCCACGGCUCAAGCUGACUUUGGGAGAAACUGAUCGAAAGCUUCAGGCUUCUGAGAGGGAGGCAAAAUCCCUCAAAGAAAAAGUUAUUGCCUACAUGGAGGAGGUGAAAACCCAUCAAGAAAAGAUCUUGAAGCUUGAGGUGAGGUUCAGCUCUGAGAGCAAGAGGGUCAAGGAACUGGAAUCUGCAAAUCAUGGAAAUCACAAUUGUCUCAAGGACCAUGAAAUUGCAAAACUGAAGACAGAACUGCAGUUAACAAAGAAUAUUGUGUCAUCAUAUGAAGAGGCAAAGCAAAGUUUGGAGGAUGAACUCAGGAAGAUGAAGGUUGCCUCUGAGGUACAUUUUCAGAAAUACUAAAACAAUCUUUAAUUUGAUUCAGAUCAAUGAAAUAUAUUUGUAAAAUGAACUAUCAGUGUAUCAUUCAUAACUAUGAUUCUCUAGAGAAGAUAAUUUUCUUGUUUAGCUUGUACUGUUAAGUAUUUGUACAGAGAUGUUAAUAAGUAAUAGUAAAGAUUUUUAUGAACACAUUUUAUUUGUAUACCACAAUAUUUCAUUUAAUAGUAUCAAUAAUCUCAUGUCAACAGAUAGCAACUCUGGAGAAGGAUAAAGUACUGGCAGAGCUAAGAAUAAUGAAGCACGACCAAAUGGAAGUCAAUCAAAACAAAACUCAGGAAAAGACCAUGAAGACAAUGACAAAUACGGUCUCAGUGCAUAAUUCAACUGUGCUACAGACACAGUCAAAAGAGACACAGUUCAGCAGCCUAAGUACAACAACAGAGCAGACAGCCACCAUGCGCAAAAGCUCUCUGUCUGAGAAAGGCAAGUCUGGCAAAGGGCAGUCUGUGACAUUCGACAUCACCAGCUCAGGUGCUUCUGCACUUACUAGCAAAGCGACAGAUUCCCCCUCACUUCUGUCACGCAAAGUUCAAGGCCUUAGAGGACGCAUCAGCAUCAAGAAAUUGAUCAAAGUGAAACUGCUGGACAAUGAGACUGCCCUGAAGUUAGAGACAGGGCAGAUGUCCAUGGAAGAAGUACAAGCAUACAUCGCUCAGUUUGUUAGCAAGCCGACAUCCAUCGCUGGGGUUUAUGAUGAGUCUAACAAGAAAACAAUGUCCUUCACUGAGGCCUCGGAGAAAGGGCUCAUUGCAAAGACUUAUGCUAUUGAAUUUCUUGAAGCUCAGGCAGCUACCGGGUGCAUCGUUGACCCAUCCACAGGUGAAACUCACUCUGCUGAAGAUGCGCUUGAAAAAGGGAUCAUUAGCGAGGACCUCAAGGAGAAGCUCACAGAUGCUGAAAAAGCAGCCUGUGGUUAUGCUCAUGGAGGAAAAAUGCUUUCAGUCUUUCAGGCCAUGGAAGAAAGAAUACUUGAUCGCCACAGGGGAAAGAAGAUGAUUGAAGCCCAGAUAGCCACAGGUGGGAUCAUUCAUCCCGUAAUUGGUAUCAGGGUGCCCCUUAGCGUUGCUCUUGAGAAUGGCCUCUUGAACCAGAUCACCUAUCAGACUAUCUAUGAUCCAGUCAGCAACCCCAAGGGCUUUUACAACCCUGAGACAGGCCAGAGGGCUUAUUACUGUGAACUGUUGAAAAUGUGUGUUUAUGAUAUUAUUAGUGGUGUGUAUCUUCUGCCAUUUGGUGGUAAGCAGGGAGCUAAUCCUACUCCUGACAGUGUGCAAGGCAGACUGUCAGUUAUCAACACCUUCAAUGGAGUUGAGAUGUCAGCGUUUGAGGCCUUCAAAGGCAACCAUAUUGACAAGAAAACAUACCUCUUUCUGUCUAGGCAACAAACUGAAUGGCAGGAAACCUCUGUCACUGACUCUAACGGAAGCCCAUUGCAUAUACUAACAGACCUUAAAAGUGGUCGUCAGCUUUGCAUUGAAACGGCUCUUCGUCUUCGAAUCCUUGAAUCAUCAGAACUUACCAAAUACCGGAGUGGCCUCCUUAGCAUAUAUGAGCUUGCAGACCUCUUGAACUCCAGAAAGGUUGUUUUCAAAAUUACGCACUGCCCCAUUGCUGGACUGUGGGACGUUGCUUCCAGAAAGAGACUUUCUAUCCUUAAAGGUCACCAGCUGAACCUGGUGGACAGAUUGACCGCCCUCCGGAUCUUAGAAGCUCAAGCUUGCACCGGGGGCAUUUGUGACCCAGCAUUGGGGGAGCGUGUUGGGAUUGCUGAGGCGAAUCAGAAAGGUCUCCUGACUGACAGCUUUGCACAACUACUCAAACAGUUUGAGCAAGCUUACAAUGGCUUCAUACACCCCCAAACAGGGAAGAACCUAGCAGUGGCCCAAGCCAUGCAAGAAAACCUGUUAUCAAGAGAUGUGGGGAUGAAAUGUUUGGAGUACCAACUCUUUACCGGAGGACUUAUCAACCCUAAAACCCACGAGAGAAUGACUGUGGAUGAGGCUGUCCUUGGCUGUCUGAUAGACAAAGCCACAGCUUCUCAGCUUAAAGAUGAAAAGUCCUUUUCUAAAUCUUUCACCUGCCCAAAGACAAAGAAGAAGAUUAAUUUCAAUGAGGUCAUGGCAAAAGGUGUAUUUGAUGGUCACACUGGUUUCAUGCUGCUUGAAGCUACCAAGCCACAAAGUACGGGGUGUACAGGGGCUUUCCAGUAUAUCUGGAGCUAUCGACAUAUUUAACUUAUCGUUUUUGUGUCGCAAGGGCAUGACUGCCAUCUUUUUAAAAAAAAAUGUAUUACAAUAUGUUCAUGUCUAACUCUCUGUCAUUCCUAAGUGCAAGGGUUGACAACAUGUGUUUUUCAUAUAAUCAGCAAAGUGUUCCUUUUUGUGCCAUGUAAAUAAGUCUCUGUGGUUUGCAAUGGGAAGGUUUUGCCAUUCUUGAAUUUCUAGUAAUAAAGAAACAGUACUUAAAUUUUACUUACCAUGCAACUUUAUCAUGAACCUUUAACAUGAACCAUAAAUGUCGAAUAACCAGUUGCAUUGUUUCCUAUUUACCUUUGUGAAUUUCUUUCCCUGAC